AUGGGUGGGUUGUGCAGUUGCUGGAUUUGGACAUGUGGAUUUGUAAUGAUGGGCUGUUUGUGGGCCGACUUCGUUACUGGUCUUGACGUUGGGUUUUCGAAAAUCCAACACUCAACGGCUACGAAUGGUGGGACUCUCGCGUUUUUAGUUGUGGGAGACUGGGGAAGAGGUGGCGCAUUCAAUCAAUCUCAAGUCGCUAACAAGUUGAGUUUGUUUCAGAUGGGAGAUAUUGGGAAGAAGUUAAACAUUGAUUUUGUGAUCUCGACCGGUGACAACUUCUACCAUAAGGGUUUGAAAAGUGUGGCUGAUCCCUUCUUCAGGAAGUCAUUUACUAAUAUUUACACUGCCAAAAGCCUUCAAAAGCCAUGGUACACAGUGUUGGGGAACCAUGAUUAUCAAGGGAAUACCGGCGCCCAGUUGAGUCGAGAACUCAAGAAAAUCGACAGACGAUGGAAUUGCAAAAGGAAUUUCAUCGUUCGAGCAGGAGUCGCGGAUAUCAUUUUCAUUGACACAACUCCAUUCGUCAACACAUACUUUGACAACCCUAAGGAACAGAGAUUUGAUUGGAGUGGUAUAAUGCCAAGGGAUGAAUAUCUCUCAUCCCUUAAAAGGAACCUGGAUUUGUCUCUUAAAACAUCGUUGGCUCCCUGGAAGAUAGUAGUUGGACACCACGCAAUUAGGAGCAUUGGGUAUCAUGGUGACACUCAUGAAAUUGUUGAUCAACUUCUCCCCAUUCUCGAGGCAAACAAGGUGGAUAUGUACAUUAAUGGACAUGACCAUUGCUUGGAGCACCUUAGCAACCAAAAAGGGUUGAUGCAAUUCUUGACGAGCGGGGGAGGUUCAAAGGCCUGGAAAAACAAGAUUCACUAUGAGCUCCAUAGUGAGACUACACACUUCUAUUAUGAUGGGGAAGGCUUCAUCUCAGUGGAGCUUAUAUGGAAGAAGGCAUACAUAACCUUUUUUGAUGUAAUGGAAAAGCCUAUGUAUGGUAUAACAAUAAAGCCAUAG